UAUGCCAUACUGUGUCUAUAUUUUGUUUGGGUGCUACUGCAUUAUGCCUUUGUCAGGUCCAUACUAUUGCCUAUGAAACGUAUAAUAUAUAGGAUUCUCACAAGAUUAGAAGAUUAUAAAAAUUAUAUUAAGGUGGAUGCUGUAUAACUAGUAGCUUAAUGUUUCCAAAAUUAUGAAAAAAAAAAUGAAAAAAAACUUAAUGUUUCCAGAUGUGCAGCAAGCAGGAAAAAUCUUUAAAAUGUGGUACCAAAAUGUUCCUAGUUUUAUAUAGUGUCCAUUGCUGACACGGGAGACAACACGACUUGCAAGAAAGAAUGAAAAGUUAGAACCAUGGCAGUUAAGCACUCCACUGCUAUGAAUUUUCUAGGUUACUACCGAUACUGUGUCUUGUUACUAAAGAAUCAGUGACACCUUUAGAAGAAGAAUAAUAGUUAGUUACUUAACAAUGUAGCAUGCAUAUACCACUUUAAUUUCUGCGGAAAGUACUCUUGGUUUUAAAACUCCAUAUAAUUUCAAGAUAUAAUGUAUUUCUCUAAAUUUUGUUCGCACAAAUCUUAAAAACUUAACUUGCAAUUCUAUAGCUGUAGGUCUUUUUUUUUAAUUUCUGAAUCGAACCAGUAAUAACUGUAAGGGAAUGGCUCAAAUCUAUUAAAACAGCACUUUAGAAAACAGAAAAUAGCUCAUGAUCCUAUAGCCAUUACAUAUUCUCUUCAAAAUUUUACAUUAUGGAGGACUAUAUAGCUUUAAAAUUUUACAUUCUUAUUAAACAAUUUAUUAUUAUAAUAUUAAAUCCAUUAUACGCUAGAUAACUAGUUGUAAACUUGUAAUAGUUCAAAUACAUAACUGUUAAUAUAAUACUGAGUAAGUGAUUUGUUAUAUAGCAUAACUACUUCGAUUUGAUGUAUCUGAGAGAGACUAGUAUGGUAGUACUAUUGAACCUGGCUCCAUAACAUAGCAGGGUGGUUGGAAGUUGAAACUUUCCAUAAGAUGCAUUUAUGCUGCAUGCAUUAAAUAAAGUAGAAUCAAGGACUAAACUUAGCGUGAGCCAGCUGGGAUGCCUUGAAGUCAAUGCCCUCUAGGCUGAAGCUGAAUUAUUGGAAGGAGCAGAUCCUCAUCACAUCAAAGCCUGCAAGCAUUGCAAUUUUUCACUCUUCUCCUUCAUAUCUAAAUUUCUGAUCACUUGUUGAGAUCAUAUCAUGACUGCUGCACUUGAUGGAGCUUUACUUUCUGGCUUCAUUAAUGUUCUCUUUGAAAGGUUCCUUACAGUGGAUGCUGUAAACUUGGUCUUGGGCAAGAAGCUUGGCCCUGACUUGGUUAAAAGGCUGAAGACUGCUCUGUUGGGUGCUGAAGCUCUUGUUGCCGAUGCUGAGCUGAAGCAGUUUGGUAAUCCAUCUGUGAGGAAGUGGCUUGAUAGUCUCAGGGAUGUUGUUUACUGUGCUGAGGACAUGCUGGACGCUGACGUCACUAAAGCUGCCACUCAAAAGCAGGUACAUUCUUUCCUCAACCCGGUUAACUUCAUCAUCAACCGAGAUAGGGAGAUGGUAGAUAAGAUGCAACUGGUGGUUAGAACAAUAGAGGAUCUUGUAAACCAAAAAGAUCCCCUUGGUCUUGAAAAGAUUCCUGCUGGUAGCUCAUCAUGGAGGACUCCGUCCACUUCUCUUGUGAGAGGGAACGUGUAUGGAAGGGAGGAUGACAAGAAGGCCUUAAUCAAGAUGCUGAAUGACAACAAUGAGCAUCACUUGUCUGUGAUCGCUAUUGUUGGCAUAGGUGGGGUUGGUAAAACAACUUUGGCCCAAUGGCUAUACAACAAUGAGGAGGAGUUCAUGAAGGGAUUUGAUCUUAAAGCAUGGGUUUGUGUUUCAGAAAAUUUUGAUAUCAUUGAGACUACAAGGAAUGUCAUAAAGCAGAUACAUGGAGGUACUUGCUGUCUCGAUGAUUUCAAUUCACUUCAAAAUGCUCUGAAAGAAGAAUUGUCCAAUAAGAAGUUCUUUAUUGUUCUGGAUGAUGUUUGGAGUGAUGAUGGUGACAAAUGGAGUAAUUUUAUGACUCCUUUCCAAUAUGGGAAGAAAGAAAGUAUUAUUCUCCUGACUACUCGUGGGAAAAAUGUUGCUUUAGCAGUUCAAAACUGUCGCCCUUAUUUUCUCAAAGGGUUGUCAGAAGACUAUUGUUGGUCAGUGUUUGCUGACAAUGCAUCUUUUCCAGAAUCAAAUGGGAAAACAGCACUUGAGGAAACAGGCAGAAAGAUUGUCAAGAAGUGUGAUGGCUUGCCAUUAGCUGCGGAAACACUUGGUCGCUUGCUAUGUACUAAGCAUGAUGUCGAGGAAUGGAACAAGAUACUAAUGAGUCAUAUUUGGGGAUUUUCUGUGGAGAAGAGUAAGAUUAUCCCAGCAUUACUGAUGAGUUACUUCUAUCUUCCUUCACAUUUAAAGCGUUGUUUUGUUUAUUGUGCUUUAUAUCCCAAGGAUUAUAAAUUUGAGAAAGACGAAUUAAUCCUUUUAUGGAAGGCAGAAGAAUUUUUACCACCACCAAAGAGAGGAGAAAGUUUAGAAGAAGUUGGUUGUGAGUGUUUUGAUGAACUAACUUCCAGAUUAUUUUUCACGAAGAUUAAAGACUCUGAUGAAUAUUUUGUGAUGCACAAUCUCUUGCAUGACUUAGCAGUAUUCCUUGCUGGAGAUUUCUAUUGCAACCUAGAAGAACUUGGUAAAGAGGAGUAUAUAAGGAUUCAACCUCGACAUUUGUGUGCAAAUUUACGUAAUUGUAGCUCAAAACUUCAUAAUUUGAUUUCUAAAGUAGAAUCUUUGAAGACAUUAUUAUUGUUUGGCAAUUUCUCAUCCAACUACAACAUUGAAGCGGCAACAUGUGACAUACUAUCAAAGUGUAAAUACUUGAGAGCUUUAUCGUUUAGUAAACUUGUUGUAGUACCAUUAAAGUGUAAAUACUUGAGAGGUUUAUCCUUUAGUAUACUUGUUGUGGUGCCUAAUUCAAUUGGAGAACUAAUCCAUCUGCGCUACUUGGAUCUAUCUUGGACUAAUAUUAAGUCGUUGCCGGAGUCUUUUUGCAACUUGUGUAAUUUGCAAACAUUGAAGUUGUAUCAAUGUUCUAAGCUAACUAAGCUGCCUAGUGGUUUGCAUAAACUUGUGAGCUUGCGGCAUCUUGAUAUUAGAAGAACUUCUUUAGAAGAAAUGCCCGGAAAAAUGAGUAAAUUGAAUCAAUUGCACAUUUUAAGUUCCUUUGUCGUCGGCAAGCACGAAGAAAAUGGAAUCCAGGAGUUAGGAGGGUUUGUAAAUCUUCAUGGAUGCCUUGAGAUUAAGAAGUUGGAGAAUAUUGUUGAUGUGAAAGAAGCAAAGAGUGCAAAGAUAAUGGAUAAGAAGCAUAUUGACGAAUUAUGGUUGGAAUGGUCUUCAGGUAAUGAUUUGGUUUCAAGCACAGAAACAGAAAGAGACAUGCUGGAUAACUUGCAACCGCAGAUUGGGUUGAAAGGGUUGAAAAUCAAGGGAUACAAGGGUACAAUAUUUCCAAAUUGGGUUGGGCAUUGUUGCUACCAAAACAUGACAAGUGUAUCUCUAAAGUCUUGCAAGAAUUGCUGCAUGCUGCCUUCACUUGGACAGCUGCCAUCUCUUAAGUCCCUGCGCAUUCAAGGUUUGGAUCAGCUGAGGAGUAUUGGCGAGGAGUUUUACAAGAAUGAUGGAGAUCAUCAUUCUUCGCAUAUUGCACCGUUUCCCACACUUGAGAAUUUGGAGUUUGAUAACAUGGCAUGCUGGGAGGUGUGGCACGUAUCUGAGUCAGAAACUUUUCCUCAACUUAGGAAACUUGAAAUAACAAAUUGUGGAAUGUUGAAGGAAGAGAUGCGUAAUCAGGUAUUUUUCAGAAUCGUUUCUUCUUUGAAGGAUGUUUCCAAAGUUCGCAAACUACAUAUAUACGACUCUCGUAUAGUAAGGCGAACCGAGGCCAUGUAUCUUGAAGGGGAUAAUUUAUCAAUUAGGGGAUGUGAAUCUGAGAAGGAGUCUGCAUUGAAGGCAAUGAUGAGCAUCAACCAUUUAAGUUGCCUCCAAGAAAUACACAUCUCAGGGUAUUCCUCUCAUGUAUCCUUUCCGGGCAAUUGUUUACCCAAAUCUCUGCAAAAUCUGGAAAUCUGGAGCUGUAGAAAAUUUGAAUUCCCAGAGCAACAGCAGCACAAGUAUGAUCUGGAAGAGCUGAAAAUAGAAUCCAGCUGUGAUUCACUGACCUCGUUGUCAUUAGAUGUCUUUCCCAAUCUCAAGAAUCUCCAGAUAGAUAGGUGUAGGAAUCUGGAAUCAGUGUCAAUGUCAGAGGCACCACACGCUGCUCUUCAAAGUCUCUCCAUUACUUACUGCGAGAAAUUAGUGUCAUUUGCAGGAGAAGGACUGGCUGCACCCAACUUGACUCAUCUCAAUGUUAGCAGGUGCUCAAAGUUGGAGGCAUUACCACGUGACAUGAAUAGUCUACUCCCAUGUUUACAGUCUCUCAACAUACAAGGUUGCCCAAACAUUCGCAGGUUGCCAGAGGGUGGUUUGCUGCCUAACUUGAAAGAGCUUAGUGUGGGAGGUUGCGAGGAACAAGUGAGGGAUCUAUCAUGGAUAGCCAAUUUGGACGCCCUCAUUCAUCUUAAAAUUCAUGGUUAUGGGUGUAAGAACAUAAAGUCAUACCCAGAGGUGGGUUCACUACCUCACCUUCCCUUCCUUACCACUCUCGAGAUAUGUUGGUUCUAUAAUAUGGAGACAUUGGAGUGCAACCAGCUUCUCCGCCUCACCUCCCUUCAACAAUUGCACAUUGAGUACUGUUGGAAGAUGGAGAAUAUGGAAGGAGAAAAGCUGCCUCCCUCUCUCUUGCUACUCAAAAUUAAAAACUGUCGUUUGCUGGGAGAACACUGCAAGAACAAGCAUCAACUAAUCUGGCCUAAAAUUUCCCACAUCCCCACCAUUAAAGUCGUCUAA